GCAGCAACUAACGUAACGUUCAAUUUUCUUGCUCGUUUCCCGCGUUUCUUUCAUGUGUUUCUGAAUGUGAACCUUUAUGAAAAGUAUACCGCUUUUCGAGAAAAGUAUUAACGCAUAACGAGUGUAAACAUUGAAUGUCACUUUAUUUAUCAACAAUUUUUGAUGCACUGAGCGGAAACGCUUCCUUAAAUUCGCCGUUCAACCCAGAUUACCAGAGAGUUAUUUGAUAAUGUCAAUGGAUAGCGGUCAAGGGGAUUUACUUUACACUCCACGACGAGCUCAAAAAUGUCUCUUUGCACCAUCCAAAGGCAAUUUUUAUAAGAAAAAGACAUCUCAAGAUUCAAAUUGUACUAAGGAUGUCGAAGCAAUCUCAGGAGAAGACUCAGACUUGGGACCUAUAUCACCGCUGGCUUUUACUGAUCGAAGUCCAAGUCUUAGUGACAGUUCUUCAGGGAGAGAAUUUAUCUCUCCAUUUGCUACACCUGAAAAAUUAUCCUUAUCUGAUGCACCUGUGUCCUGGGAUCGCUUAACAUUAAAGCGUAAUAAGGAGGACCAUAUGUCACCCUUUAGUUCACUUAAGAAAGUCACUAGAGCUGCUAGAUAUUCGCCAAGGUGUAAAUUUAUUAGCAGCUCAUCAAGAUCACUGCCAUCUUCUCCACGCAAAUUGAUGGAACCAUUAACGCCACAGCGCUCAAAGAUGAGUGUGACAAUGGAUGAAAUAGUACCGGAAACACCUCAACGAAAUUUUGCCAUGGAGAUACAAAAUCAGGACAUCACGGAAACACCCCGAAAGAGUAGAACUCUUGAGUGUAGACAAAUAACACCCUUGAGUUCCAUAAAUAAAACAACUCCAUUGCCGAAGCUUCACAGACGAAAAUCUUUCAGCGGGCUCGGAAUGAGCGAGAGCUUCUCACCCGAACAAAAGGAGAAUACGUUGAAGAGGCGCGCGAACGAUCAAUUGACAGUGAAACCGGCAAAGUUAUUCAAGGCGGACGAUGUUUCUGCGCCUAGAGCGAGAGCAGCGUUGUUUCAGGACAGAAAGAACAAAUCUAAUAGCUUGAAAAAUAUUUCAUUGAAUACAAAAACAUUUUAUAGUAGCAACACAAGGACUGAGCGACCAUUUGCUUUCGGUGAUUUUACUAAUAGCGAUGUUAAAAAAAGACGAAGUUUACCGGCGCUAAACAUAAACAGCAGGCGUUCAUUAUUAAAGAAGCAGAAAUUCGGUAAACUAAAUGCUGGUGUAUCUCACGGUAUCAAAAAGCCAAAGAAGCCUAAAACAAAACCAGAGAUAUUGAAGAAAGAGGAGCAGCAUGUUACACAGGAUCCUGUUAUUUCAAACAAAAAUCCACCUAUUAAUGCAAUUGCGGAAAAAGCACCUUCGCCAGAGAUCGACUAUAGUAAACGAUUUUUUAAAACUAUAAGAUUAAACAGAACGAUUGACGCUGCUAUAGUAAUGAAUCAGAAACACGUUCGCGCCACAACAAAUGUGUGUAAGCAACAAGUGAAAGCUACAGGUAUCUGUUUGGAUACCACGGAUUUAACUGUGGAUGAACCAGAGAUUGAAGCUACAUUGGAGCAAGAUAAAGUUAUUAAUCUCUUGAAAAUAUUGGAGGAUGAUUGGGCGAACGAUGAUUUUGAUACAAUGGAAACAUUGACCAAUAGUACAGUAAACACGAUUUCUCCGUUAAAAACAACGACGACGCUAGCUAAGAACGCGAUCAUGUCACCAGCUACUGAACUCAGUAACAUGACUUCGACUAUGAACAUCAAAGAUGUUAUUUCUCUAACAAACUUUGGAAAUCUUUCGCUUGAUAAUACAGACAGUAAUAAUGAUGCCGUAAAAACUGGUGAAAACGAAAAAAGAUACUUUCCAUUAUUCAACAAAGGAAAUUCUGCAUCUGAUAAUAUUUUCGAAGAAACAAAUAACAGAAAAAUUGCAAAAUCCUCAAAAAAAAAUUUGCAAUGGCAAUUGUCCACAAAAGGUGGUGGUGCAGAAAAUCAAUAUCAGUUAGAUGCUGGUCAAAAAUGUUUUGGUGCCACUCAAUGCCCAGAAUGCAACGUUGUAUACCAAUUGGGCAAUCCCGAAGAUGAAAAUGCUCAUUUAAAUUAUCACAAUAGCGUACGGACUUUAAAAUUCCAGGGAUGGAAGAACGAGCGUGUUAUAAUGGAAGAUACUUUUACAUCUAGUAGAAUAAUAUUAGUCGAACCACAUGACUCGAAACAAUAUUGGAAAAAAGUAUCAGAUAUUUUGGCCAUUGUAGAUAGAGAUUUGGGAUUGGCAGAUAUGAGUAUGUCAGAUUAUCAGGGCAAAAAGGUCUUGUUGUAUAUUCGCGAGAAAAACGUUCUCGGAAUAUUGGUAGCGGAACCUAUCCAAACGGCGUAUCGCAUGAUCCCUGAGCUAAUUGAGCUGAACUGUUGUACCGCCGAAAGCACACCUACGAAAUGCGGCAUAAACGUUGUCUGGACGGCGAUGAGUCACCGUAAACAGGGUAUAGCCACUAAACUCGUCGAUACUUUGAGAUCAAAAUUCUUCUAUGGUUAUGUGAUGUCGUUGGACGAUAUAGCGUUUUCGAUACCGACUCCAAGCGGCAAAACCUUUGCCGAAAAAUACACGAAAACGAAAAAUUUCAAAGUUUACAGCUAAGUCUAUUUCAUGUAGGAUCCAACAUUUUGUAACCUGUUUUAUUCUAAAUGGUCGUUUUCUUUUCUGGUUAUUAUUAAUAAAAUAUCCGGUGAUCAUUUAUUAUUAUAUUAUAUAUUUUUAAGAAUUGUAUUUUAUCUUGACGGUUAUCUAUUUUCGUGAAAACUUUACUACAUAUGUUUAUAGAAAAAUCAGAUUGAUAUAGUCUCUUUAAUUUAUUAAUGUAAUUUCUCUUUUUAAAUUGUUUGUCAAUAUAAAAGUAGAUUUUACUUAGAUUUCAUAAUUCUAAUGAAAUAUCUCUUUCUUUUUUCUUAAUACAUAGUAAUACAUAUUUAAAAAAAAUUUAAUAUAAAGUCGAGAUUAAAUAACACUAAUGGUCUUCAAGUUUGAGCAGUUUGGAAGUUGAUAAUAAAAAUACGAAUAUUUUUGAAAUAAACACAUUAGGUAUAUAGGGUUCCAUCUCUAAUUUGUUAAAUAGAUACCCGCGCGCUAUUAAUUUGAAUAUAUUUUUCUUAAAGUGAUAGAAAUAAUAUAUCUAACAAUGUAAAUUAUUAUAGAUGGAAUAUGUUAUAUCUAAAAUUAUCUGCGUUUGGUGAGGAAA